UACCGCCAUAAUUUUUGUUUGAGCGGGAAAAGCACUCAGGGUUUACAUUAGUUCGUGAUAUUUUACUUUUAACCGUUUUUUAAUUCGUUUUAAUUGCAUUCCCAAACCAAAAAUCAAAAUGGUUAAUACUCCAACAAAAAAUUACGUUCGCAAGAGAGAUGGACGAAAAGAGGAAGUUCACCUCGAUAAAAUCACAUCCCGGAUUCAAAAAUUAUGCUACGGCUUAAAUAUGGAAUUUGUCGAUCCUGUCUCAAUUACGUUGAAAGUCAUUAAUGGAUUAUACCCCGGUGUUACAACAGUGGAAUUGGAUACUUUAGCUGCUGAAACUGCGGCUAUGAUGACUACGAAUCACCCGGAUUAUGCAAUUCUUGCUGCCCGAAUUGCGGUCUCUAAUUUGCAUAAAGAGACCAAAAAGCAGUUCAGUGAUGUAAUCGACGACCUGCACAAGGCCGUGAGCACCAAAACUGGCCGAAAAACCCAAAUGAUCUCCGACGAACACCACGCCAUUAUCAUGAAAAACGCCGACCGUAUCAACUCUUGCAUAAUCUACGACCGCGAUUUUUCGUACAAUUAUUUUGGUUUCAAAACUCUUGAACGUUCCUACUUAUUAAAAAUCAACGGAAAAAUUGUGGAACGCCCCCAGCACAUGCUGAUGCGAGUUGCUGUGGGCAUCCACGGCGAAGACAUCGACGCGGCUAUAGAAACGUACAAUUACAUGUCUGAAAAAUACUUCACACACGCUAGCCCGACUUUGUUCUCUGCUGCAACCCCCAAACCACAACUCUCUUCCUGCUUUUUGGUGACUUUGCCGGCUGAUAACCCCGACGGCAUUGCGCGAUGCUUAACCCAAUGUGCGAUGAUUUCGAAAACAGCCGGCGGUUUAGGUGUCAGUAUUCAUAACUUGAGGUCCAAAGGUACCGCAUUUGGGACCACUGUGGCUGGUACCCCUAGAGUAUCCAAUGGUAUAGUACCCGUUUUACGUACUUUUAACAACUCUGCACGUUAUGUGGACCAAGGGGGGAACAAAAGACCGGGGGCUUGUGCUAUUUACCUUGAACCUUGGCACGCCGAUAUCUUGGAUUUCUUGAAUUUGAAAAAGAAUACAGGGAAGGAGGAGUUAAGGGCACGAGAACUGUUCUACGCUUUGUGGACCCCCGAUUUGUUUAUGAGGCGAGUGAAAAAUGACGAUAAAUGGUCAUUGAUGUGUCCUUACCUGUCACCAGGUCUUGCCGAUUGCUGGGGUGAAGAAUUCGAAAAAUUGUAUGAAAAAUACGAAAAUGAGGGUCGGUUUGUCAAACAAUUGCCGGCACGUGACGUAUGGCGUGCCAUUUGUGUGUCUCAAGUCGAAACUGGCACCCCUUACAUGCUGUACAAAGAUGCUUGCAACAGGAAAAGUAAUCAGCAAAAUUUGGGUACCAUCAGGAGUAGUAAUUUAUGUACUGAAAUUGUUGAGUAUACUUCACCUGACGAGAUUGCUGUCUGCAAUUUGGCUUCAAUUGCCGUCAAUAUGUUCGUAAAACCGGAUAGAACUGGCUAUGAUUUUGAAAAUUUGAAAAAAGUGACUAAAGUUGUUGCAAAAAAUUUGAAUAAAGUCAUCGAUUUGAAUUACUAUCCUUUGCCAGAGGCCCGCAGGUCGAAUUUGCGUCACAGACCAGUGGGAAUAGGUGUUCAAGGUUUAGCUGACGCAUUUAUUCUCCUGAGGAUGCCUUUUGAUAGCCAGGAAGCUAAAACUUUAAACCAACAAAUUUUUGAGACGCUUUAUUACGGCGCUUUGGAGGCUAGUUGUGAAUUGGCCGAAAAGUGUGGUCCUUAUGAGUCUUAUGCGGGGUCACCGGUCAGCAAAGGGAUUUUACAGUACGAUAUGUGGGGAGUCACUCCGACUAAUUUGUGGGAUUGGAGUGUUUUAAAGAAAAAAAUUGCCAAGUAUGGAGUCAGAAACUCCCUGCUUUUGGCACCUAUGCCAACCGCUUCCACGGCCCAAAUUUUAGGAAAUAAUGAAUCUACUGAACCUUACACUUCAAAUAUUUAUGUCCGGCGGGUUUUAUCUGGAGAAUUCCAAGUCGUCAAUCAACACCUUUUGAAGGAUUUAACUGACAGGGGUCUCUGGAAUGAUACAAUGAAAAAUCAAAUAAUCGCGAAUUAUGGCUCGAUCCAAAACAUCCCGGGAAUCCCUGACGACCUUAAAAAAAUCUACAAAACAGUCUGGGAAAUUUCGCAAAAAGUUAUUAUUGAUAUGGCAGCUGAUCGAGGCGCUUUUGUUGAUCAGAGUCAAUCAAUGAAUAUCCAUAUUGCCUCACCCAAUUACGGGGUCAUGUCAUCAAUGCAUUUCUACGGGUGGGAGAAAGGUCUCAAAACCGGGAUGUACUAUUUGAGAACGAAACCGGCCGCUAAUCCCAUUCAAUUUACUGUCGACAAAACCAAAUUAAUCGCGACCAAAGAUACCGGCAUUAAAAAGGAGAGAAAAAUUACACCAGAGGAAGAGGCGGCUCUUGUUUGUUCACUAAAAAAUCCCGAAGCAUGUGAAAUGUGUAGUGCUUAAGUUUAAAAUCUUUGUUAUGUUCGUAAUUGUAAGGUUUAACCACAGGUUUAACUAAUUUAUGUUAGUCGUUCUGUCUCGAAUAAAUAUCUUUUUUUCUUUCUUU